UCUCAUUCGAGCUAAACUGGAGGGAUUUCAGUCUGCAGCUAACGUGCUAGCAGAGCAAAGAUAACUUAUCUACAACACACUUGCUGCUCUUCACAAACAAGUCCGCUUUGAGUGAGCCUCAGCAUGGAUUUAGAAGAUGACACCACCGUGCUAACAACCUUGAAGUCCUUCAAUUCCUUCAUCAGCCACCCUGAGCCUCCACAGCGGCUGUCAGAGCAGUCGGCGGCGAUUGGAAACCUGCAGAGUCAGUACAAACGCAGCAUGGAGUUGUUGGAAGCAGCAGAGGUGGUUCGCUCUAAGAAUCGCUACCUUCAGUUGGACCAGGAGAAGAAACAGAUGGAGCUGAGUCACAAGCGAGCUCGAUUUGAACUAGAGAAAACUGCUUCUGACAGCGCACGAGACUUGGAGCAUGAGGUUGACCGGAACCAGGAUCUCUUGGGGCGGAUAAAAAAGUUGGAGGAAAGAGAAACCGGGGCAGCUAAGAACCUAUCAGAGCAGGUGGACGCAAAUCGUGCUCUCCGUAAGAAUCUGGAGAGCCUGAACAAGAAACUGGAGGAGCAAGAUACUAAAGUGAACACUGCCAACCAGACCAUCAGUUCUUUGAAGGAUGAGAUCAGAGAGCUGAAGCAGAAGAUUCAAAACCAAAACUCAACAAUUUCUACUCAAUCUCUGGAAAACCAGGAACUGCAAGAACAGUUAGAUUUACAACGCAGGAAGUAUCAGGAAGUGUCCCAGCUUUGUCAAAGUCUCCAAGCUGCCCAGUCCUCCUGCUCAGAGCACAUCAUCAAGAUUAAGGAGUUGGAGAGACGUCUUGCCCUCCAGGAGCAAGACGUCGCCAUUGUGGAGUCUGUUAAGUCAGAGGUGGCCAAGGUUCCAGACCUGGAAAAGGAGUUGAAGCGCCUCAGAGAAGAUAAUGCCUUUCUCAGGGAGAGCAGAGAGAAUUGCAGCCUGUUGAAAGAGGAGGUGGAGGGGCUGAGGAGGAAGCUAGAGAGGAUGUCCAAAACGAAAGAAGAGCUGGUCAAUAUGGAACUGGAGAAAGAGAGGUUGGCAGAGAAGCUCCAAGCCUGGGAAAACCUGGGGCAAUCUACUGGGCUCAACAUAAGGAAACCAGAGGAUCUGUCCAGGGAGGUGAUUCAGAUCCAGCAGAGAGAAAUUGCUCUGAAAGAGCAGAACUACACACUCAACAGCCGUGUGAGGAGUGUGGAGCGUUCACAGUCUGAGCUCCGUGCAGAGCUGUCCCAGCAGCGCAGCAAGACUCUGGAGGAACAGAAGAAGAGGGAGGCACAGGACAGUCUUGUACGACGACUACAGAAGAGGGUGCUGUUAUUAACCAAGGAGCGUGAUGGAAUGCGUUCCAUACUAGAGUCCUACGACACCGAGCUGGCUCCUACUGAGUACUCUCCUCAACUCAGCAAACGGCUCAGAGAGGCAGAGGACGUACUGCAGAAGACACAGAACCACAAUGCAGAAAUGGAGGUCCAGCUGACCAAAGCACAGGAAGAGACAGGCACUCUGAAACUGCAACUGCAAACAGUGGAGUUGGAGCUGGAGUCUCUAAAGAAGCAACAGACCCCUGCUGUUGACAGCACUUCUUUAGUGAACAAAGAAGAGGUCAGCAUACUCAGACAGAAAAUUGAAGAUUUAGAAGCAGAGCGGCAGCGUUUGGAGGAGCAGAACAAUAUUCUGGAGAUGAGACUGGAGAGACACAACCUUCAGGGAGACUAUGAUCCAGUGAAAACCCGAGUUCUCCACCUCAAAAUGAACCCUACCACUGUUGCCAAGCAACAGCGGCAGCAGGAAGUUGAGGCUCUUCGUGAGGAAGUGACACGUCUCAGGGAACUCGUGCGCUCAUUGCAGGAUGGAGGUGCUCUGGUCCAUUCACAAGACGACUCCAGUAUGCACACUCCCAGCUUCGGCCUCAGUUUGCCGCCAUCGAAGGAGGUGCUGGAUUUACGUAAGCAGAUGGAGAGCUCAGAGCUCAGGAACCAGAGGCUGAAAGAGGUGUUUCAGCGGAAGAUUCAGGAGUUCCGCACAGUAUGCUACGUCCUGACCGGCUAUCAGAUAGAUAUCACCACAGAGAACCAAUACAGGCUCACCUCAGUCUAUGCCGAACACAUGGAUGACUCCUUGCUCUUCAAAAAGGGCUCCAAUGGAAGCAUGCAGCUCAUGGAGACAGAGUUCUCCAAAACUCUGAGAGAGAUGGUGGCCCUUCAUCUGCAUCACCAGAAGAGCAUCCCAGCGUUCCUCUCUGCUGUGACCCUCGACCUCUUCAGCCGCCAAACUACGAUCUGAAGUAAUGUGACACCAUGUCAGACACAACGGUGUAGCAUUUAAUAUGGGAUCAGUUUUGUUUUUAAUUUCCUGUAUUUUUCCACUCUCCUCCUUGCAUUGUUUUUUUCUGUCUCAUACGAUAUUCACAAAGUCUUCAAAAUGUGCCGGUACUUCUCGACAACUCCGACAUAUGAAUCAUGCAGUCAGUGCUGUGUUGUGGAGGAUAAACACCUUGUUUGAUGGAAUACUUCCAAGUUACAUUCAAACGGCUAAGAAAACAACUUGGUAUCCAUAUUUGUACGCUGAAUAUUUCAUCAAUAAAAUGUUGAGAAAUAUAUUUGUUCUCAACAUAACAUAGUUGUCAUGACAAUGACAUACUAAGAACAGUGACAUUUGGAUUUUAAAGUAUUUUUGCAGGUAUGCAUGGACCAAGAGAAACAUUUGUAUGGUUCUCUGUAUGUGCAGUGAUGUGUUUUGUAUGGUCUUUACCAAGGCUGAGUCUUUGUUAGCUCUUUUUAUUCUGCCUUUUGUGUCCUCUCUCUGGGGUUUUGUACGAAAGGUUUCACACAGAUGCUUUGUGGUUACAGCUAGUCCAAGCCAAUCCAAAGAUAGUGAUAAAGAAAUCCAUUUGAGUACAAAAUGUGAUUGACUGAUUGCAAAAUGUUUUCCCUUUUCUCAUUCUUGUCCUGGCAUAUAUAUAUAUAAAUGAGAAGUACGUUUUCAUCAAUAUCUAAUUUAGUUAUGCCAUACAUAUGAUUUUAUUAUUUUAAAUAAUAAUAAUGUUCUUGAAUUGAUAAAAGUCUAAACAGAAGUUUCCUGCACAUCUUUCUCUGGUUGUUUCCAUUAGAAGGGAGAAUAAGAGCCGACCUUGCCUUCCUCACAACACAUUUUAAAAUUCUCAGUAUGGUUUGACCAUGAGAAGAAAUUCAAUAUUUGAUCUGUAAUAACCUCCCCCAAAGUACACGGUACAUAAGCGCAACAGGCAUUCGUGUACUCAAACGUGGAGAGUUUGAAAGCGUUACCACUUGUAUGUAUAGCAUGCCCUGUUGACCUCACUAAGCUUGUCUAAUGUUUUUUUCAUUUGUGCAAGAUGGGCAAAUAGUCAUGACACCACUCCAGUCGGUUAUUAUAAACGGGUAAUUGAAAAAAAAGUAAUUGAACACUUUAAAUCACGUUGGCUUGGUGCACAUCGCAUGAAAGGAAACAAGUCAGUUUAACGACAUUGUGUUAGUUUAGGAUUAUAUUACACGAGUCCUUUUUUUUUAUUUGAACAUGUUACAGGUUAGUGCUUUGAACAGUUUUCUUCUUUUACAUGUGCCAGCUUUAUCAAAUUAAUCAGUUUUUUAAUCACAGGGUUUUGUUAUGAAUUUAUUUAUGAUUGUCCCUAUGUGUGUUGGCGUGAAUAUGAACAUGAGACAAGACGAGAAUUUCCGAGGCAGCAAUAAAGAGAAAUGGCAGAGAUACACAUGGGGUGAAGAGGAAGCAAGGAACCAAUCCAAUAAAACUGAGAAACAAAAGGAAGUGAACUGACUACAAAGCCACUUAUCACAGCAACAAUAUAAGAACUCCAGCUGGUGCAGCCAUAUGUCUCAAGAGAAAACGUAUUCUCCUUUACAGUACAUGCCACAUACUGUCCUUGCUUUUUUCCACACCCUCGUUCAUUUUCACAACACAGCACAUCUUCUGCACACCCCACAGCUCUCACCUAGAGGUAAUAUUUUAGAGGGUUUCAUAUAAGCUGCACUUGAGCAUACAAAAUUCUCCUUCAGCAGUUUGUGAUGUACUGCUUUGUACUGCUUUGUCACUGCACUGUCUGCAGCCGAUGAAAUUACAGUACCUUCUGGUUUAAAUUUGAAAAUGAAAAUGUAAUGAAUAAAGACUAUUAGAAAACCUGA